UUUUCUGAAAUACAAACAAAUUUUGGGUUCGAUUUUUAUUGAACUUUGUCUCUCGUUUCCCCCUUUCUUUCUUCUUAUAUUCCCAAUCAAACAGAACCCGAAGGAAAAGGAAACCCUAACUUUCCUUCAGUUUCUUUCGACCUAAACGGUCCAAUUAUCCACUUCUUGAUUGCACUCUUCUCACUUUUUUUUUUUUUUUUUAAUUUCGAUUAAAAAUAAAUGACGUCGUUUCAGGAUCAAGAUGACGACGGAGGAGGAAGCUCUGAUAUAAGCACGAGCGCCGGUGAACCGGAGAAGAAUCCCAACACGGAGAUCAACCACAACGGAGUUUCGAGAACGACGAAUUGUGGCCAAACGACGGCGUUUCAGGCCUUUCCGUUGAAGGAAGAGCCCAUCGAUUCCGACCCACCUUCUGAUUCGGACCAGAAAUCUCAGAACCAGAGUUUGGCGCAAUCUCCGGCUGCGGCGGGACCCAUUGGGGUCGUACCGGUGGCGAUGCAGAUGCAGAUGUCAAUGCCUUUAUCCAGGUCUGUGCCUGUCACGACGUCGACGACUAAAAGGUCUUCCACCAAAGACCGCCAUACCAAGGUGGAGGGCCGUGGCCGUAGGAUCCGAAUACCCGCCACGUGUGCAGCCCGGAUCUUUCAGUUAACCCGAGAAUUGGGUCACAAGUCCGAUGGCGAAACCGUCCGGUGGCUCCUCGAGCACGCCGAGCAAGCCAUAAUUGAGGCUACCGGGACAGGUACCGUUCCGGCGAUAGCUGUAUCCGUAGGUGGGACCCUUAAGAUCCCAACCACUUCAAAUAGCAAUCCUUUUAACGAGACUAAUGGCUCCGCCGCCAAGAAGCGGAAGAGACCCUCUAACAGUGAAUUCGUUGACAUAAACGAGGCCGUUUCGCAGUCAUCAGGUCUCGCUCCGGUUGGGUCUUCUUCGACUCCCGCUAUCCCACAAGGCCUAGUUCCGGUUUGGGCUGUAAGCAACGCAGGGAUGAUGGUUCCAGCCAACGCUUUCUGGAUGAUACCUCCGACCGCCGGGGCGGGUUCAGCCCCACCAAACCAGCAGCCGCAGGUAUGGACCUUGUCGCCUACGGUGACUCCGGUUUUCAACAUGGCGCCGAGGCCUAUAUCGUCAUUUGUGGCUAACCAACCAGUUGGGGUCGGCGGCGGGGUUGAGGUUCGUGCACCGUUAUCUCCGGUUGCGGUCAUCCAUAGUGGGCUUUCGAACUCGGCGGUGAACACGAGCUCGGUGGGACCCAAGGUGGCGAAGAAAGCUUCCACUAUGGCUCCGAGUUUGAGUUCAACUAGUGGAGGUAGCGGUGGCGGCGUCAAAGCUCAGACGCUUAGAGAUUUUUCAUUGGAAAUAUACGAUAAGCAAGAGUUACAUGAGUUCAUGAGUCGACCUGGGAAUCAUCAAACGCAGUCGAGUAAUCCAUAGCCGCCAUGAAUAGUUUGAGUUUAGUUUAGUUGUGUUCCAUCAAAAUGGGGGAAAUCAAGCUUAUCCACUUCUGAUUGAUUAAAAAUUUAAAUGAAAAAUAAAUAAAUAAAAAUUGUUUUUUCUU